CCUUGACUCUGAGAGUUAACUAGAUAUGCUUGUUAGUCUAUGGUAAUGUUGUUUGGGCGGUGGAAUACAGUGUUAAUGUGCUGAAAAGAGUGUUCAAAAGGGAACAUUUUGUUACUUUUCUGAACAUCGGAAGGUUCUCCCCGAUCGAAGGACAGCGGCAGCGAUGUGAAAACACGGUAGCUUCCCCAACACCAAACUGAAGGAAAGAACUGAGUGAGCGAUAAGUAAUCAGAAAAGUUGCAAUGGCCACGAACUCAGGCGCCGCUGAAGUCCUGACUGAAUCGGCCUGCAAGACCGGCCUCGUCAACAGCCGUAUAAAGGGAGGAAUCUUGAAGAAAUACAGGCAGCUCUACGCCAAACUCUACAAGACGUCCCGCAGCGGGGUGGCCAGGAUCGAGCUCUAUUCUGACGGCAAGGCUUCCGUCUCGGGUCCGCCCUCCUUUGUCAUCGUGGCAUCCGAAGUGACGAAGGUGGCACCGAGCGGGCCGCUGUCGUUUCAGGUCUCGAUCAAGGAUCAAGUCAACGACUUUUCUGUGGACAGCAGGGAGGAAAGAAAUGCCUGGGUCAGGAUGAUACAGGACGUCUUCUUCCAGCCGCAGCAGGACGCAGGCUCCACCACCAAAGUAAGCGCAGAAGCGAUCGUGUCCGAAAACGACAUCUAUAUAUCUGCUGACGAAGUCAUGCGCGAAUUCACUGUGACGAUCGGCGCGGAGACCCGCUCGAAGCUCGCCGUGGAUGGCCAGAUGCGGCUGCUGAUCGAAGAUGGCCACAUCACCCUCAUCACGCCCGAGGGCAAGCGGGUGAUGCGCUGGUCCAUGGGCCAACUGCGGCGCUUCGGCUACAGAACCAACGACUUCCACCUGGAGGCGGGGCGCAAGAGCGAGUCCGGGGAGGGCGUGUUCUCCUUCGUCACCACUCAGGGCCGGCAGAUCCACGCCAUGGUCAGCAAGGAGAAGGCCCGCACGAGGACCUCCGGCAUGAGCCAGACGCCCUCCCUCCCGGUGGGUCAGGUCACGCCCCCCGAGCCCUCUGAGGCGCCCGUCAUCACCAUAGGAGGGCACACCUACGAAGAGGUCGAGGUCAUGCAAAACAAGCCGAGCCCCACCAAGCCGCCCCGACCGAGCCAGAACAAAUUCCCGAACGGCAGCUCCUCCUCCGCCGAAAGCCCCCCGACGACGCCUGUGCCCAUCACCUUCGCCAGCAUCAAGUCUCCGCGCACCAACAGCGUCUCUGGGAGCAUGGACACCAGACAGGGGAUGCUGCCCGCCGCCAAUUCCCUGCCGCGCAUGGCCCACUACUCGGUGCCCGACAAAAACAUUUACUCAGAGCCCGAGAUCCCCACCCAAGCUUGGAGGACGCAUGGCACGGAUGUGUACGACAAGAUCACCGUGGACAACACCUACGACACUCUGCAACACUACCAACCUCCCAGCAAUCCUGUGACGGAGGAUCACUACGCUAAUAACCACAUGCAACAGCCGCGGCCGCAAGCAGACACCGCAGCCGCCGCGCCCAGAAAGCCUCAGUUCCCGCAGCACAUCGUGGUCAACCAAGAGGCCACCUACGCCGUCAUCAGCAAGCCACGUGCCAAGCAGAAUUCGGGUCCAAGCAGGACGAACAACCCCGACGCGAUGAUUGCGCUCAAGCAAAACAGCUUGAUCUAAAGGCGACGAUGGGGCUUGGUGUCGCCGGCGGAGACGAUAUAUAUAUGUAUAUAUAUAUAUA